AUGCCGGUUGAUGUCGAAGCCCCCGUUUACUAUGAGAUUCCACAGUUCUGCGGGCGAUGUCUGGAGAUAGUGAAGGAGAUCACUGCUGGUGAGACAGUGUGGAGUGGCCUGGAAAUUACUGCCAGCAGCUGCUCUGAAGAGAGGCUCAUUGUGCCCCUCUUUGGUGUAGAAAGGGUCCAAAAGGAGAUUGAGCAGGUGAUUGGCUCACACCGCCCACCAGCCCUUGAUGACCACACCAAGAUGCCUUACACGGAGGCCGUCAUCCAUGAGAUUCAGAGAUUCGCAGACCUCAUUCCCGUUGGUGUGCCUCACGUAGUCACCAAGGACACUUAUUUUCGAGGGUUCAUCAUCCCCAAGAACACUGAAGUGUACCCCAUCCUGAGCUCUGCUCUCCACGACCCGCAUUACUUURAAGAACCAGACACCUUCAACCCUGACCGCUUUCUGGAUGCCAGCGGGGCACUGAAGAAGAACGAAGCUUUUAUCCCCUUCUCRGCAGGGAAGCGCRUCUGUCUUGGUGAAGGCAUCGCUCGCAACGAACUGUUCCUYUUCUUCACCACCAUCCUCCAGAACUUCUCUGUGGCCAGCCCCGUGGCUCCCCAGGACAUCGACCUCACUCCUAAGGAGAGUGGUGUGGGCAGAGUAGCCCCAACCUACCAGAUCCGCUUCCUUCCUCACUGA